AACGAUCCUGUGUUGUGGUCAUGUGACACAUCAGGCUAUCAGCUGUAAACGAAAGACUAAAAUCCUGACAGAAAUAGUUAUUUAAGUACGUGUGAAGUAAGAAUUUUACAUCAAUGUUGUUGUCUGUGAUAUCCUAACAAACAAGUUAGUGAAAAGCAUUAUCUAUGAUAAUGAGUCCAAUGAUGAAUACCUUGGUCAGAGCGUUGAUUCUUUUUUUCUUUGGAGUAUUCUUCUCUCUCGUCUUGAACCUGCUUCAAGUAUACAGAGAACAAUUAGAUGAGGACCGGCAGCCUGGCAAGUUUGAUCACUUUGAGUCGUCAUGGUGGGUCCUCCCUGCGUGUGGAAUGACAGCAUCAUUUGUUGGCUUACUGUACCCAUUUUUGGACAAACGUUUAGAUGAACCCUUAAUAUAUAAAGGUGAAUGGUCAAAUGUGAUGAGAUGUGUUGCUGUCUUUGUAGGAAUCAACCAUGCCAGUGCUAAAUUGGAAUUUUCUAACAAUUUACACAUGUCCCUGACACUGGCAGCAAUGUGUAUAGGUCUGUGGUGGUUGUUUGACAGAUCUAAAAGUGGAUUUGUACUAGGUGUGUGCACAGCUGUCCUUGCUACAGUGCUAACACAGUUCCUAGUUUAUCAGGGAAUCUACAA